GCACUGCAACAUCGUAGAGACACUUUAAAAUGUAAGUAGCAUAUUACACAGUGUUUACGUCAAAUGAAAUGAAGAAAAAUGGAUAGUGCUCCACAUCUGACGUAUACGUGCACGUGCAGCUCUCCUCACAGCUUUGAUGGGAUUUUUGUUAAGAUAUAAACCAAAUAUAACCUUAGUAUUGAUUAAAAACAUCAAUACUGGGGAAUAAUCUCAAAAAAGUCUUGAGGCAAGAAAGCGCUUUAUAUCACCUUGACCACCAGACCAGAGGAAAAUACCCAGCUCGCCCGGACAGAGUAUGUUCAAACUGGAUGAGGGGCCAAAAAGAUGUAUUUACCAGCUUGACAACACUGAAGCGCAGGUGCAUAAACUGAGUGACAGAAAGGUGUUUGUUCACAAGAGAUACAGUUGCUGGGUUAAGAGGAGAAUUGAGGACCGGUUUCAAUCUCAAAUAAGGAGAUCAAGAGAUAUGGAGAGAAGACAGAAGCAAAUGAUCCUGGUGGGUUGAGGGAAGUUGCUUGUUCGUCCCAGCAAGGCGAAGAGAGAGAGAGAGAGAGUCCUGUUUGAGGAAGAAUAUUAAACACUGGCGUUGGAAAAGAAGGAUAAACAUGCUGGCUAACCUGCUUACCGUCCUCCAAAACUUCACAGAGAGUAAUUUCCAGUCAUCUGCCAUGUAUGAGGAGUCGGUGGAGACACAUGAAGUCAAAACUGAGAGCACCAUCGGGUCCUCCGUCUCCGCCUGCAAGAAGGUUUUGUGCAGUAACAGUGUGCUGGAUUCAUCUGAGUACUGGUUGAAGAAUGAUAAGGCCCUCUGCAGAAUUGGAUUUCUGGAGGACCAGCAUGAGGGAAGCUGCCCUACAAUCUGCUUCAUAAACCUGGACAGGCACACCUCGGAUCAUCCUGAUGACAGCUACAUUAAAAAAUUGGCUUCAGUAUGCCCAGAGCUGCCUCGGUUAAUCGAGUCUUUGGGAGUGCGGCAACCCAAAGAAAAUGAGAUCCUACUUCUCAGCAACCUAGAGUCACCUGACUCCUGUCAACAUGACCCCAGUCACCCACAGAGCCAGAGAACUGCUGAUGUCUGUCUGGUACAUUGUUCCUGUGGCCAUCGGCCUGCUCAGACGAACAGUGUCAUUUUUGAAAUCAACAAGUUUCUGAUUGGACUUCAGUCAGGCCAGGAGAGGCAGCGGCAUGGCCGAUUGGCUGGUCAGCGGACUGCCGAGGAUGACACAAACCGCUCUGUUUCAUCCAUAGAGGAAGACUUCCUUACUGCUUCUGAACAGCUUGGGGAAGACAGUGAGGAUGACCCACUCAAAAAUGAUCCUGAUAUUUCUGCUGUGCCAGAGUCAGUUAAGGUGUUAAGAUUAGCCCACACUCAAAAAAAGAGUGAAAUAGAGAGAGAUGAUAGCGAAGACUCCGAAACCCUCUGCACUUCUUCCAACUCCCAGAAUCUCUCGAAAACAUGCUCUACCCCCUCCAGAGGGCCAUCCUCUACCUCAAAACAAGUCUGUCGUCAUGCCAACAAAUCGGCCGGUCACUACGCCACCAAUCUGGCAGAGUCUGUCCUUCAAGAUGCUUUUAUUCGCUUGUCACAAGAUGAAACUUCUUUUGCCCCUGAGGCAGCUGUGAGUGUCUCCAGUAUCUCACAACACUCAGAUGAUGUGAGCCACUCCACUGUUGAGACACCAAGGGCUCGAGCCUGCUCUUUUGAACUCCCUAAAAUCGUGAUUGUCCAGAGUCCUGACAACAGUGAGGAGUUGACAGUGGGGGCAGAAGCACAUGGAACACCACAGCAUGAUGGAGUUCAUAAGGCCACAACAAAACGUGGUACUCACCCACAGCACAAUCCAACACUUGGACAACCAGCUAAACCCGUGGAAAUAGCAUUGGCAUGUGCAGCGAGCAUCAUUGGUACCAUUACUUCCCCUCAGGUCACAGAACAGCUCACACAGGAGUCAGGAGAAGAAGAUGAGGAUGAAGAAGAAGGAAGUGAAACAGAACAAGGGGAGUAUUCACUUUCCUCUGCAGUAUGUGGAAUGUCUCAGGUUGUUGGAGCAGUAGCUGUGGUAGAUCUUGCAGACGACUCUGGGGAUGCCGACUCUGCAGACAUGUUUUCUGCCUCUAUGGGACUUAUGUCAGCUGCCCAAGCAUCAACUGCAAUACCUCUUCACUGUAGCAUUGCAGAGGGUACCAGUCUUGAGAUUUUUAGAGCCAAUGUGGCUGAAGUUCUCCUCAGGGAAGCUUCCGCUGUACUCACACACAGACAAAGUUAUUCAAGUGUUGCAAAUUUCCUGGAGACCACACAUAACAAGAUAGUGGAUGGAAUCACAAAUCCAAGAAGAUCCUAUCAGGAACAACAGGAGGUGGAUAAUGUUACCCAGGAAAUAUCAGACACUAUCUUUCAGUAUGCCCUUGAGAAAGCUGAAAAGAAAAAAGAGCUUGAGGGUCCUGGAAAAGAUAGUCCAAAUAUUCAUGGUUUCCUAUUGGAUUGUGUAAAUAAUUUGCUCUUUGAUGUCCUUUGUGUCACAUCAAGAAAAAUCUGUGACAUUUCAAAAUGGAAUUUGGGGUCAUUUGACUCGCAAGAAGGGAAUGUCAGCUUUAGGGAAUGUGAUCCCGAUACGAAGUCUGGUAGAGAAGCAUUGAGCCAGUUACAGCGAUUGAUUGAGCCAAGCCAGGCUUAUUAUCAUGGUGAGAGACGUUACAGUGUGGAGAGGCUGUCUGCUCUCAUAGGAAAGAGAGAGAGAGAGCAGAAAUACGUUCAGGAGAGAGAAAAUGAGGCAAAACUAAAAGAACCCCACAGACUUACUCCGAAUAGAGUGAAUACCACUUUGGUCAAAGAGCAAUCUGACCUGCAAGGCCAGCAGAGUAGGAGUGAGAAAAGUUCAGACUCUACACCGCUCCCUUCAGCUGAAAGCUCACCACUUCAUGCACCACGAGGUAGGGCAGGGGGAGAGAGCGAGAGGCAGCAUUCGUUAUUGUCCUCAUCAGGAGCACUUGUGGCACUUAAAAUGGAUCCGACAGACUCGAAAACUCCUGUCACGUGUUUCGCAGAGGACUUGGCAACCACAGUGGUCUCCAUGGCGACAGAGCUGGCGGCGAUAUGCCUGGAGAACUCAAGCGGAAAGCAGCCAUGGUUUUGCGCCUUAAAGGGUUGUUCAGAAGGUCCGGAAGGGCUGCUUCUACCCUGCCGCACAGCUGCAGUCCUCCGCCGCAAAGAGACCCAGAAUGGCACUGCAGUCACUAAGAAGCACAGAGCUCCACGUCUCAGUGAAAUCAAACGUAAAACUGAAGAACAGCCUGAACUCAUGGAGCGCCUGGUCAACCGCGUCGUGGAUGAGACUGUCAACCUAGAUGAACCCCCAUGUUCUGACCCAUUUGCACUUUUUGCAUCAGAGGUCACAGCAAGGAUAAUGAACUGCCCAGAAUUAAACGUGGUGGACACUUCUAAGUCUGGCCAGUCAUCCCGCAGUCGUUUACAGUGUGAGAGAUGGAGUAGUAGAGGGAAAGCAUCAAGCUAUGGGAGUAUUCCAGAAGAGGACAUGGAUCCCUCUGGAACACAAAACACUUUGGGACCAGGAAACAGACUGGGGCAUAAUUUGAGCAGAGGUAGCUCUAUCUCCAAGCAGUCCAGCUGUGAGAGCAUUACGGAUGAGUUCUCUCGGUUCAUGGUGAACCAGAUGGAGACAGAGGGCCGUGGAUUUGACCUUCUGCUGGACUACUAUGCUGGAAAAAAUGCCAGCAGCAUCCUUGCAGCAGCUGUUCAGCAGGCUGCCAGUAAAAAAAAUGGACACCUCAAUGUGCGGACAUCAUCUUGUCUCUCUAAGCAAUCCAGCACAGAGAGUAUUACAGAGGAAUUUUACCGCUUCAUGCUGAAAGACAUGGACAAGGAGAACAAGGAGUACAGCCUGACCAAGACCAAAGAGUGGAGUAAUAGUCUAUUACCCCCAACGCCCAGAUCUCCGUUUUGCAUCCGUCAGUCUUCUGUUCCUGACAGAAGAUCAUCAGAUUCCAGACUAACUGUAAAUUCACCCAUCAAGGCAAAUUCAUUUGAUGGCUUUGCUCGAAAUGUACAUGGCGACUCACUCAACAUCUAUCCAAGAAACUCUGUGUCAUCAACAGGACUCUGCAAGUCUGAUUCCUGCUUGUAUCAACGUGGUCAAACAGACCAUAUCACAGACAUGCUGAUUCACGAGACCUGGUCCAGCUCUAUUGAGUCUCUAAUGCGCAAAAAUAAGAUCAUUGCAGAGCCAUCAGAAGACAGUGUGGAACUGGAUUCUGCAGAUUCACAACCACACGUGCAGCUCUUUGCUAAUCGUCUAGCAGCAGACAUUGUAGAAAGUGGCAAAUCUUUGCUUGGAGGCCAGCAGGAAGUGAGUGUAGCUGCUUCUCAGUCACAAGUUCCUGUUGGGGAAAAGAAAAACAGCUUUAAAGAGUCUCAUCGAGAAAGUGGUGGAAACCGCCCAAGUUUGCAGCAUCAAGAAACUAAUGUUAACUCCAACAGUUCCUCUUGCAUGAGGCGAGCAUGGCGAGGACAAAGGGAGGUACCGCUGAUCCACAUUGAAGCAGAUCAAAGGGAAGAGGUCUCUAAAGAUGCAGGGCAGGACAGGCCCAAACACAGAGAUGCUUCAUAUCAUGUCCAGCCACAAAGCAGCAAAGAGAGCGGAACAGCGAGUAAAAGCAGUUUUGCCGUGUAUCCUCUUCUCCCCCUUAGUGGUAUAAAAUACAGGUGUUCAUCAGAGGCCACAGAGCCCUCUGCAGAUGUGGAGGUGGAGCGACGCUCUUUCAGCGCUAGCAGUGAGGAAAGUGUCUCAGGCAGCUGGGCCCAGAUUGCCCCUGACGACGAACCCCAGGAGGAGACCACCAGUAGCUUUAUCCAGUUAAGCGAGGGAAAUGGGAACAGCUGUGCUUCCAGCCUUGGACUGGCAGACCUGGAGGGCUUUCCAGACUACUCAAUCGCCAACAGCCUAAUCAGCGAGGAGAGAGAGAGAAAAGUGCCACCCUAUCAGGAUCAGGCAGAUGAGGUGACAUCCGGUUUGUCCACAGCAGGCAGCAGCUGUCAAAGAGAGCUCCUUGUGGUGAACUUUGACGUGGAGCCAGAGUGUGUGAAUGGAGAGCUAAGGGCAGCACUUCAGUGGAUCGCUGCAUCCGAGCUUGGCGUACCAGCCCUCUAUUUUAAAAAGACUCAGGAGCACAAUCUCACUAAGGUAAAGUUCAACAGAGUGGUGCAGUUGGCCGACCAGAAAGCUUGGCGCGUUGGGGAUCUUUUCAGUGCCGUGGCUCAGUUCUGUCAACUCCACCAGGACCUGGAGCACAGAGGGCGGACUGUACCCAGCCUGUUUGACUGGAUAUUGAAAACCAAGCGCUAGGGCACACACACAUCCACUGCACAGACCAAACUUUGGAGACGCCAUAUAUCGUCCUGUGCUAGCACAAGUAUGUAGUCUGGAACCAUUGUGAAAACCAUCCUAUUUAACAGGGUGCGCAACACCGAACCCUUUAACUCCCAAAAUAGUGCUAGACUGUGUGGUCCACCCUUAGAUCCAAAUACAUAACGCUCAGCCUAAGCAUGUAAGCUAGUGUAAGACUCCACGUAUCACAGGUUAGGUUGGUUUACACAAUUCCAGCAGGCAUUUAUGGCUCUCAAGAUCCUUAGCACGAGACUCGCUUAGUACAGAAUCUUUAGUUCACACUCAGCAGAAACAUGUUAACUUGCUAUCUCGAAGCACCAGCACAUCCCACAUUUUCCCACAUCUUUAACAUUCACUGCUUACACCCACUACCAACCUUUAUUAAUAUACCUGCACCUCCUGUCACUCCUUGUAUACGUCUUUUUGCUAGAUCACAGGAAUUUGGGGAUGUAGUGUCUUGUCCCUAACUAUCAAUGUGCUGUAAAUGCCCUUUGGCACAUUGCAUAUAAGAUUGCAUAUUGUUUAAGGAAAUUUCCCUUUAAAUUGCGCAUGUCUUUAAGUGCACGGACAAUUAGAUCCAACCGCUCUGGUUAGAGGAACAUGGAUUAAACCGACCAAUCAGCCUUGACGUUUUGUAGCCUGCAGAUUUUUACCUUACGACAAACCCCUUUCAAAUGCACAAAAUGACUUUUUAUUAUAUGGAAGCUAUGCUGUAGGGAUUUAAAGAUAUUUAAAUGUUUGUAUAUCGAAAUAUAUUAAGAUCCCAUUCCAAGCAAACCACAUAAGACUUUAAUUUAAUGUUUACAUCAGCCAACACAUUCAGGUGUUUUAUUGUACCGUAUCUCUCUGAAUUCUGUGUUUAGUUCUGUGACUACUGUUAUUUAAGAGAUUUUAUUUUUGCUAGACGUAAAUAGUUUAGACUGUGAGCUAUUGCACACGACUGCAAAAGGAUACUUUGUUUUUUUUGUUUUAUAAUGGCAAAGACAGGACCAAACGUAAAAGGCUCACCAGACUACAGUAAAGGUUGAGAGUGUAUAGAAUAUGUUUAAAGUACGGUACAAUACAGUUUUGUCACGUAAAAGUUGACUUGUAAACGUGAAAUCUGCUGCGUUACGGUUCUCUCCGCAUAGUGACAUUAUAGUAAUGUAAGUGUUUUGAUAUUGUUGAAAGCACACAAACUAUCUGGUCCGUCACAGUGUAUCUGAAUGUAUUUAUCUUUUCAAAAUAAAAUUUGCGUAUGGUG